AUGAUCCCUCUGCCCCCCGAGCUCACGGACCGUAUCAUCGACUAUCUACACCUGGAUGUCCAUGCUCUCCGCGCGUGUGCUUUAACAUGUCGCGCCUGGUUGCCUGGAGCUCGCUACCACCGUUUUCGUACUCUCAACGUCGCGAACGACACAGCCCUAACAGCGUUCGAAGUCCUCGUAGCUUCUUCGCCGGCGAUAGGCCCCAUCGUCGAAGACCUACGGAUAUAUUACUGCACUUUUGAACAGCUCCGCUCUGCCUUACCCUUGCUUCCGACCGUCAGGCGGCUCGAGCUCCACCACGGCAUGUUCAGGGACUUCAGCCUGGGCGACCCCGCAGCUAUCGGCGUCAAGCUUCCUGCCCUGCGCGAGUUGACCAUGGGAUACUGCGUUUUGCCUUUGGCAGCGCUAUCACAGCUGCUGUGCUCCUUCACUGGGCUCGAAAGCGUCUCACUAUCCCAGAUUUACGGUUUUGAGUCCGUUAACACCUCCGUCGUCGGGCGUGUAGACGCUUUGCACACUCUGCGGUUGAGGUAUACUUACAGCGACCUGUCAACUGAUGAGGAACACCUCGUCGGUUGGCUCAUCGGCACACUCCAACCUAAUCAACUUCAGGCGCUGCAUAUCAGUCGUGUUCGUGACCCAGGGCUUAUUCAACCCCUGCUCGAUGCCUUCGAGACUGCUAGGGAUACUGCGUUCACGCUCGAGCCUUGCACCAACCUACGCCUUGUAUCGAUCGAGCUCGGCAUUCACUGGCGAAUGUCGGAACCAUCGACGUAUCUAUUGUGGUUCAGCGUGCUCAUAUCUCAACUCAACUCACCCUUCCUCGAGACGAUCACUCUGACGGUUAUUGCCACGUCUUUGGUCGGCCCGGUUCUCUGGCGCUUCGAUGAUCUCCAAGCGUUGGAUUGGAGAAGCAUCAACCGCACGCUAGGAAGGGCGGUUUCCAAGGAUCUACGGGUGCCCUGGAGCCCCGUCGAGGAAGCCCCCCAGGAUCCGGUCUUCGCGGAGCUCCGUGAUGCUCAGAUCAACGCUCGCGUGCCAUCGUCUUCGCUGGACGAUCUUCUGAAGGGAACGUGUCUGGCUAUGUACGAACGCAAUGCAUCCAAUAUCUGCUCGUGGCUUGAGCCUGAACCGAUCUAUACUGGAAUUACAUCACAAUCGACGGCUAACCACCCCACUUUUGACUGGAGGGUCAAGCAUGCGAAGGCGUGGAUAAUCGUCCAGUCGUUCUUUGUGAGCGAAGUCACCGCGGUGCUGGAUCCUACUCUAUGCAGAGCUGACCUACUCACACGGCGAUUCGUCGACAGCGUAUACUUCAUCGAUAUCAUCACUCCCCACAGUAUGUCAAGCGGACUAUCGUCGAAGGACGAUCAAUCAUUGAUCGUAGACGUGUCUAUCCCUAUCUCCACGGAAACCAACGAGUGGACUGCCGCCGAAGUCCUUCGCGAUGAAUUUACCCACGACGACACACUCCAUACCCCCACGCAAUCCGAGGAUGUGAAGCAGGCGACCAUAGAGCUCUUCGCCCGCUUCCUGCGAUUCGUCGUGCAAAACGUAGACGCCGACUGUCACCGUACCCCCGUGCUCUGCAAGGCGGUCAACCACUUCACUUCGUCCUACUUGUCGCAGCAGGACGUGUAUACUGUUGCGGGGGCUCUUGACGUAGACGUGCGCAAGACUGUGCUUGCGAGCUACUUCCAGGCUCUGGGAGCCUUAGAGGAAAGGAAUGUCGCUGGUAUCUCCUAUGCGCCAGCACCCGCGCUUUUCACAGCGUCUGACGCGUCAAUCUACGCGUUGUUUGGUGGACAGGGUACGAACGAGGUCUAUUUCGACGAGCUGCAAUCGCUUUACGACACGCACACGCCUUACGUCUCGUCUUUCCUGGCUGAGAUGACACAAGUACUUCGCCCUCUCGUCGACGGUCUCGCGUCGUCAACCUAUUACACGCAUGGCCUGGACGUCAUCUCCUGGUUGACUGGUGCUACGCCGCGCCCCCCUAUUGCGUACCUCGCGUCCGUCCCCGUAUCCCUGCCCCUCAUCGGGCUCACGCAACUCACCCAAUACCUGGUUACUUGCCGUGUUGCGCGUAUCGGCCCCGGCGAGAUGCGCAAGAAACUACAGGGCGCGACCGGUCACUCCCAAGGUGUCGUCUCCGCCGUGGUCGUCGCGGCCUCGACGAGCAUCGAGUCAUACUUCGAGAACAGCAAGAAGGGAAUGAAGUGGCUGUUCUACUGCGGCUACCGCGGCCAGCAGGCAUUCCCGGUGCUCGCGCUCGAGCCGAGCAUCGUGGAAGACGCAAUCGAGGGCGGCGAGGGCGCGCCGAGCCCCAUGUUGCUCGUGGCAGGGCUCGCCCUCAAGGAUCUCGAGAAGCACGUUCAGAGCACGAAUAAGCAUCUCCCGGCGAACUCGCAGCUGCGCGUGUCGCUCCACAACGCGCCGAAGGCGUUCGUCGUCACGGGCCCUGCGCGCGCCCUGUACGGCCUCGUCACCCACCUGCGCAAGGUCCGCGCCCCGAACGGCCUUGAUCAGAGCAAGAUACCGUUCUCGCAGCGGAAGCCCGUGUUCUCUGUGCGCUUCUUGGUGGUCGGCGUGCCCUACCACAGCGAGUACCUCAAGGGGAUGACGGAGAAGCUGUUCGAGGAGGACUUGGAUGGUGAGGAGCUGUGGACGAAGGAGGACCUGGGUAUGGCUGUUUAUCAUACCGAGACCGGUAAUGAUCUGCGCGAGCUUACGACGUCCCUGACGUGCUCCCUGGGUGACCAGAUUUUCACUUCUCCGCUGCACUGGGCGAAGGCUACGAACUUCCCCGAGACCGCUACGCACGCUAUUGACUUCGGUCCGGGUGGCCUCAGCGGCGUCGGUCCUAUGACGGCGCGAAACCUCAACGGUCGCGGUGUCCGCGUCAUCGUCGCGGGAGACAAGUCGAGGGGCGUCGUUGAGUUGUACGACGCGCAGACGGUGAAGAGGGAGGAAUGGUGGAGCAAGAAGUUCAUGCCCAGUCUCGUCAAGACGAGCGAUGGCAAAAUCCACCUCGACACGCCGUUCUCCCGUCUCCUGGGCAAGCCGCCAAUCAUGGUGGCUGGUAUGACACCUACGACCGUCAAGGCUGGUUUCGUCAGCGCUGUCCUGGCGGCUGGGUACCACGUCGAGCUUGCUGGUGGCGGUCACUACAACGCUGCUGCGCUCCGCGCGAAGGUCGCCGAGAUCCAGAGCAAGAUCCCCGCUGGUGUCGGUAUCACUCUCAACUCGCUUUACAUCAACCCGCGCCAGUUCGGCUUCCAAUUCCCCCUAUGGCAGGAAAUGCGUCGCGAGGGCUUGCCCAUUGAGGGCUUCUGUGUCGCUGCCGGUAUCCCCAGCACGGAGAAAGCAGCCGAGAUCAUCGGUGGUCUCGAGGCGGCGGGCAUCCGUCACGUUUCGUUCAAGCCCGGAUCCGUCGACGGCAUCCGUCAGGUCGUCAACAUCGCCGCUGCUAACCCAGACUUCCCUAUCAUCCUGCAGUGGACGGGUGGCCGUGCGGGUGGUCAUCACUCGUGCGAGGACUUCCACCAGCCGAUUCUGUCUACAUAUCAUUCGAUCCGCCAGCACAGCAACAUCUCGCUCGUCGCCGGCUCUGGAUUCGGUGGUGCGGACGAUGUCUGGCCGUACCUUACUGGUGACUGGUCCGUCGAGAAGUUCGGGAUGCAGCCCAUGCCGUUCGACGGUUUCCUCUUCGCGUCUCGCGUCAUGGUCGCCAAGGAGGCGCACACGAGCUCUUCGGUCAAGGACCUCAUCGUCGCCGCGAAGGGUGUCGAUGAUGCGCAAUGGGAAGGCACGUACGCGAAGGAGACCGGCGGCAUCGUGACCGUCAAGUCCGAGCUCGGCGAGCCCAUCCACAAGGUCGCCACGCGCGCCGUGAAACUGUGGAAGGAGUUCGACGAGACCGUGUUCAAGAUGCCGAAGGAGAAGCGCGCUGCGUGGAUCAACGAGAGGCGUGCGGAGAUCAUCGCGAAGCUGAACAAGGACUUCGCGAAGCCGUGGUUCGGGUGGAAGAAGGACGGCAGCGUCGUCGAGGACAUCGCCGACAUGACCUACGAGGAGGUCGUCCUCCGCAUGGUCCGUCUCAUGUAUGUCGAGCACGAGGAGCGUUGGGUCGACCUGUCGCUCAGGAACCUGACGGGUGAUUGGCUCCGCCGCGUGGAGGAGCGCUUCGCGGGCAUUGACCGAGGAUCGAAGGCGUCAAUUCUACAGUCGUAUUCUUCUUUGGACAAGCCCAUCGACUUCGUCAAGCUGUUCUUCGCGACGUAUCCGGCUGCGACCGAGCAGCUCCUGGCGUCGGAGGACAAAGCGUUCUUCCUCGCUAUCUCGCAGCGCCCAGGCCAGAAGCCGGUGCCGUUCAUCCCCGUCCUCGACGCGAACUUCGAGGUUUGGUUCAAGAAGGACUCACUGUGGGCAGCCGAGGACAUCGAGGCUGUCUUCGACCAGGACCCGCAGCGAGUGUGCAUCCUCCAGGGGCCUGUCGCGGUGAAGCAUGCUAUCAAGAAGGACGAGCCGAUCAAGGAGAUGCUCGACAAUAUCACCGCUAUCCUCGUCGACAAGUUGGUGCAGCGCCUCUACGGCGGCGACCUCAGUCGCAUCCCGACCGCUGACUAUCUCAGUGUCAGGGCUUCUCCUCUCCCGGAGAGCAUCGCUGCCUCGCUUGGCGCUGAGCGCUCUGUCGAGGCCGACAAGAUCACGUAUUCUGUUGGGAGCACCUGGCCCGAGGCGUCGACCUGGCUUGAGAUGCUCGCCGGCCCUCGUCAAAGUUGGCUCAGGGCCCUCCUUACGUCGACGACUAUCGUGCAGGGUACCUCGCACAUCGACAACCCCAUCCGCCGCCUCUUCGCUCCUCGUCGGAAUCAGAAGGUCGUCCUGACCUUGGACGGCGAGACGCCUGUGUCCGUCGCUCUCUACGGCGCCGCUCGUUCGUACGGCCAGCACAAGUCCGACUUCAAGGCCGUCGAGGUCAAGUAUCAUUCGGCGUCUCAGUCGAUCGACAUAACGCUGUUCGAGGACCGUCGCGACGUCUCGGUGCCUCUUCACUUCAAGUUCCUCUACAAGCCGAGCAUGGGCUUCGCUCCCAUCCAUGAGGUUGCUGAGGGCCGUAACACGCGUAUCAAGGACUUCUACUGGAGGCUGUGGUUCGGCGACAAUGAGGUGCUCCCCGAGAUCAACCUCCGCGACACGUUUACGGGUCCUGAGGUCACGAUUGAGGCGAAUGACGUCGAGACCUUCUGCGCAGUGGUAGGCAAUGAAGGCGAGGCGUUCAAGACAGCGCGGACGGACCGCGUCCAGGCUCCGAUGGACUUCGCGAUCGUUACUGGCUGGCAGGCCAUCAUGAAGGCAAUCUUCCCGGCUGCCAUCGACGGCGAUUUGCUCAAGUUGGUUCACCUUUCGAACGGGUUCCGCGUCGUCGAGGGUACGGAGCCACUCAAGGCCGGCGACGUCUGCAAGUCGGAGGCUCGUAUCGUCUCUGUGGCCAACAGCGACGCUGGGAAGAUCGUCAAGGUCAAGGGCUUCGUCAAGCGUGAUGACGCGCCCGUUAUCGAAGUCGUGUCCUCGUUCUUGUACCGUGGUCGCUACUCCGACUACGAGAACACAUUCGAGGUCGUCGAGGAGCCUGAGUAUCUCGUCGAGGUUGCGACAGAGGCGGAGGUUGGCGUGCUGCAGUCGAAGGAGUGGUUCGAAUGGGACGAUGAGUCCAAGCCUCUCCACGCAGGCACUGGCCUUGUGUUCCGCGUUAGGUCUGAGGUCACGUACCGCAACAAGACGUACUUCAAGACGGUCUCUGUAUCUGGCGACAUCUUCGUCCGCGACCAGCUCAAGCGCCUCGUCAAGGUCGGCUCGAUCGACUUCCUGCAGGACGACAGCCGUGGCAACCCCGUAAUCGCAUACCUCCAACGUCAUGGUACCCAGCAGGGCUCGCCUAGCCCGCUGACCAGCGAGGGCUACACGAUGAGCAAGUCGGGUACUACGACCUUUGCUUCCCCCGCAACGAACGAGCCUUACUCCAGGAUCUCCGGCGACUUCAACCCUAUCCACAUCAAUCCCUACUUCGCAGACUUCGCCGCACUUCCGGGAACGAUCACGCACGGCAUGUGGUCGAGCGCUGCUACAAGGCGCUAUGUCGAGACCGUUGUUGCACAGGGCAGGCCAGAUCGCGUCAGGGCAUACGACGUGACCUUCGUUGGCAUGAUUCUACCCCAAGACGAAUUGACGGUUAAGGUUAAGCACAUCGGCAUGCGAGACGGUAACAUCGUCGUCCGCGUUGAGACCACGAACUCUCAAGGCGAGAAGGUCCUCGAAGGCACUGCUGAGGUUGCCCAGCCGAAGACCGUCUAUGUCUUCACCGGCCAGGGUUCUCAAGAGGCGGGUAUGGGCAUGGACCUUUACAACAACUCGCCUGCAGCGCGCUCGGUUUGGGAGGCCGCUGACGCCCAUCUGACUGCUGUCUAUGGCUUCUCGAUCGUCGAAAUUGUCAAGGACAACCCGAAGGAGAAGACGAUUCACUUCGGUGGUAUCAAGGGUCAGGCUAUUCGCCAACGAUACAUGGACAUGACCUACGAUACGAUGGACAAGGACGGCAACGUCAAGACCCUCCCUCUCUUCGGCGACAUCAAUGCUCGCACUCAGCGCUACACGUUCAGUCACCCCACGGGCUUGCUCUUCGCUACGCAAUUCGCUCAGAUCGCUCUCGUCGUCACUGAGCGCGCGGCGUUCGAGGACAUGCGCUCGAAGGGUCUGGUUCAAAGCGGCGCACCCUUCGCCGGACACUCUCUCGGCGAGUACUCCGCUCUCGCAUCCAUCGCGGAUGUUCUGGCCAUCUCGUCUCUCGUCGACAUUGUCUUCUAUCGUGGCAUCACCAUGCAGCGUGCUGUCGAGCGUGACGCACAGAACCGCUCGAACUAUGCGAUGUGCGCAGUUAACCCCAGCCGUGUGUCGAAGACGUUCACGGACGCCGCCUUGCGUGAGGUUGUCGAUGACAUUGCGCAGAAGACCAACUGUCUUCUAGAGAUCGUGAACUACAACGUCGAGGGUCAACAAUAUGUCUGCGCUGGCGAACUCUUGGCUCUGCAGACGAUGACCAACGUCCUCAACUACCUCAAGAUUGAGAAGAUCGACAUACUGAAGUUGACGGAGAAGUUUACCAUUGAUCAAGUGAAGGAGAUGCUCGGCGAGAUCAUCAGCUCGUGCUUCGCGAAGGCCAAACAGCUGCAAGAAACCGAGGGCUACAUCAAGCUGGAGCGUGGGUUCGCAACUAUCCCUCUUCCUGGCAUCGACGUGCCUUUCCACUCCCGCUACCUCUGGGCCGGCGUCAUGCCCUUCAGAACGUACCUCUCGAAGAAGAUUAAUGCCGCACAUCUCAAUCCCGACACGCUCGUAGGCAAGUACGUGCCGAACCUCGUCGCACAGCCCUUCGAUGUUUCGAAGGAUUACGUCCAGCUCGUGUACGAUCGCACCCUGUCUGCCCGUCUCGACAAAGUCCUCCGCAAGUGGGACUCAGAAGAUUGGGCGUUGCCUGAGCAGCGUCAGAAGCUCGCGUAUAUCAUCCUCGUCGAGUUGCUUGCGUAUCAGUUCGCGUCGCCGGUGCGAUGGAUCGAGACUCAGGAUAUUCUGUUCACUCGUUAUGACUUCGAACGCCUCAUCGAGAUCGGGCCGUCGCCAACACUCACCGGCAUGGCCACCAGGACUUUGAAGGCAAAGUACGAGGUGCAAGACGACUCUGUCAGUCACAUGCGUGUCAUCCUUUGCCAUGCCAAGAACGUCAAGGAGGUCUACUACCAGUUCGAGGAUGAACCCGAGGCCGCCGAAGCUGAAGCAUCAGCGACGGAAGCUACACCUUCGCCUGCAGUCCCGGUCGCAUCUGUCGCCGCGGCCGCCCCGGCUCCCGCUGCGGCCGCAGCUGCCAGCGUCGAGGAUGUGCCUCUGAAGGCCAUCGAGGUAUUGAGCGUUAUUGUUGCUCAGAAACUCAAGAAGCGGGUCGACGAGGUGCCGCUCUCGAAGUCCAUCAAGGACCUGUCUGGCGGAAGUCCACGCUACAGAAUGAAAUCUCGGGGACCUCAGUUGGAGUUCUCCUCUGCACCUGAGAAAGGGGAGGAACUUCCCUUGGAGGAACUCGGCUCGGCGCUCGGGGUCGGUUUCUCUGGCAACCAGGGCAAGUACACGUCGGGACUCAUUGGACGACUCGUCGGUGGUAAGAUGCCGGGAGGUUUCAACAUGUCUGCCAUCAAGGCGUACCUCUCUAAGAGCUGGGGUCUCGGACCCUCUCGUGCUGACGGCGUGCUACUCCUGGGAACACAAUGGAACCCGCAAAGCGGCUUGGAUCUGAGGCGGAAGCGAAGGCCUGGUACUGCGGCAGGCGGCGGUGGUGGCGGAGCAUCUGGUCCUACCAUCAACAGCGAGGAAUUCUUGAAAUUCCAGGCGGGGCAGGAAUGGUUUGCCUCCCAACAAGUUGAACUGUACAUGCGAUACCUCAAACGCGACUCGCGCUCCGGAGAGCAUAAGUACGAGAACGAGAAGGUCAAUGUUGCGGCCCUCCAGUCUCGCCUAGACGCCAUCACUCGCGAGCACGGAGACACUUAUCUCGACGGCAUCCAGCCUGUCUUCGACGCGCUGAAGGCCAGACAUUUCGACUCCUCGUGGAACUGGGUCCGUCAAGACGCAUUGCUGAUGUUCUACGACAUCAUCUUCGGUCGCCUCACCACCGUCGACCGCGAGAUCACCGCUCGCUGUAUACAGAUCAUGAACCGCGCUGACCCGGAACUCGUCACGUACAUGCAGUACUACAUCGACAAGUGCGACCCGAGUCGCGGCGAGACGUACAAGCUUGCGAAACACCUGCCCCCUCUUUACAAGGAUGAUCUCCGCAAGGGGGAUAUUGUUUACUCCGAGGUCGUCAGAGAAAAUCGGCGAUACGAUCUCGGCCCCGUCAAAAUCCAGAAGAUCCAGGACGACGUCUUGAAGUUAUGGAACGUCGUCAAGUCUCAGCCGGAGAUCAGCGAGGAGCAGAAGAAUCGCAUCAAGGCGCUGUACGAAGGUGUCGUCCGUUCUUUGCGCAAGCGUCCGGAGUCGCGCCCUCGUAUCCGGUAUUGCGCCGUCUCCGCAGACAAGAUCCCGUUGUUGCAUUUGAAGCGUAAGGUCGGCACAACCUGGGAAUACAGCAGCAACCUCACAGGCGUGUACCUUGAUAUCUUGCACGAAAUCGCCACCUCUGGUACGAGCUUCAAAGACAAGAAUGCGCUCCUCACCGGCGUCGGGAAGGGUCCAUUGGCCCGCUUGACUGUCGAGUACUACCAAGGCAUUUUCCAGCGCUACGGGAGCAAGGGGUCUGCCUUGACCGUCGUUCCAUUCAACCAGGGAUCCAAGCAGGACGUCGAGGCGUUGGUCGACUACAUCUACUCCACUCUUGGCCUCGAUCUCGACUACAUCAUGCCGUUUGCUGCUGUGCCCGAAAAUGGCCGCGAGAUUGACGGUCUCGACGACAAGUCCGAGCUCGCCCAUCGCAUCAUGUGGACUCGUGGUACUGGUCUCAUGGACAGUACGAACACCGUCGCGCAAGAGGUCGAGAGUCACGGUGUCCGCACCUUCUCUGCGAAGGAGAUGGCAUUCAAUAUUCUCGAUCUUAACGGCGGCAUGGAUCGACUCCCUGACCUUGCUGAAAUCACCACGCGCAUCAGAUUGAGCCUCAACAAGAAGAGCGACCUUCGCCGUGCGAUCGCCCGCGACAACGCUGCAGAUUUCAAGGUGAUCAACGGAGUCGAGGCGGAACGAGUCCUGCAAACGGUCAACUUGCGCGGCAUGUUGGACCUCGACCAGACGAUCGUCAUCACUGGCUUCGCUGAGGUUGGGCCAUGGGGUAGCUCUCGCACGCGUUGGGAAAUGGAGGCUCGUGGAGAAUUUACCAUCGAAGGUUGCAUCGAGAUGGCCUGGAUGAUGGGUUGUAUCAAGCACUUCGACGGUCGCCUCAAGGACGGCUCUCUACGUGAGGAGCUCUACGAGAAGGAUUCUGAGCCACGCCGGCAUCCGUCUAUUGCCCGAGCUGUUCCGCGGUUACGACCCCAAGAGAAAUCUUUCAACCAGGAGAUCCAGCUGUCUCAUGACCUCGAGCCCUUCGAAGCUAGUCAAGUCGAGGCGGACAAUUCAAGUACGAGCACGGCGACAGCUGCGACAUCUGGGAGAUCGAGGGCGGACAUGAUCCCCACCGGUUGGGACGCCGGACGCUUCGGCAUUCCAGCGGAUAUCAUCGCUCAGACUGACCGCACUGCUCUCUGGACUCUCGUCGCUGCUGCGGACGCCCUCAACAUGUCCGGUGUCACUGACCCAUACGAGCUCUAUGAGCAUAUGCACCCGUCCGAGGUUGGCACCAGUAUCGGCAGUGGUAUGGGUGGCAUGGAAAGCUUGGGCAGGAUGUUCAAAGAUCGUCGCGACGAGAAGGAGGUACAGAAUGACAUCCUCCAGGAGACCUUCAUCAACACGACUGCGGGAUGGGUCAACCUCUUGCUUUUGUCGUCUUGUGGACCGGUGAAGAUCCCUGUCGGUGCAUGUGCAACCGCGCUGCAAUCCCUAGAGAUAGCGUGCGACACGUUGCUGUCCGGCAAGGCCAAGGUCAUGCUCGCGGGUGGUUACGAUGACUUCAGCGAAGAGGGUUCGUAUGAGUUCGCAAACAUGAAGGCUACUAGCAACUCGGAGACCGAGUUCGCGAUGGGCCGUGAGCCAACCGAGAUGUCGAGACCAGCUACGACAACUCGCGCAGGGUUUAUGGAGGCACAGGGAUCUGGAGUGCACGUCCUCAUGAGUGCCAAGACAGCGCUUGAACUCGGCUGCCCCAUCCGCGGUAUUGUCGCGUUCACGUCGACGUCGACUGACAAGGCCGGCCGAUCGGUUCCUGCGCCAGGUCGUGGUGCGCUGACCAUCGGCCGCGAGAUCCAAUCCAAGCAUCCCGCGCCAAUACUCGACGUUGCUUAUCGCUCCCGCCAGCUCGCCUUCCGCCGCAAACAAAUCUCGCAAUGGCUUGAGAACGAGCGUCAACUGCUGCAGGACGAGAUCGAAUUCCGCAAGAGCCAAGAUGCCGCUGUCGACGAGGAGUACGUCGCUCACCGUGUCGCAGACUUGGAGCAAGAAGCUGCUCGCCAGGAGAAGGAUGCACUGUCGACGUACGGCAUGCUGCACGGCACGGACCCGCGGGUCUCCCCUCUCCGGCGUGCGCUCGCCGUCUGGGGCCUGACUGCUGACGACAUCGAUGUCCUCUCCAUCCACGGUACCGGUACUGGCGCGAACGAGAGCAACGAGACUCACGUCUGGAAUGACAUCUUCUCGACAUCCACCGGACACCGGAAUGCUGUCCCUGUCAUGGCACAGAAGAGCAUCUGGGCCAUUCCAAGGGUGAGUGUGGGCAGCGGUAUUGUCGCUGGCAACCGUAACGCGGACAAUGUCGACUCGCACUUCAAGGACUACACUUACCUCAUGUUCCCUUCAAAGUCCAUCCACACUGACGGCAUCCGUGCGGGUGUCAUGUCCUCCUUCGGCUUCGGUCAAGUCGGCGGCACCUGCCUGAUCGUCAACCCGCGCUACCUGCUCGGCGCCCUCGAGCCGUCUGUCUACACGAGCUACAAGGCGAGGCACCUGCGCCGCGCACGGCUGGCGUACAAGGCGAUGAGCGAGAUGAUGAUUAGCAACACGCUCGUGCGCGUGAAGGACGGCCCGCCGUUCACGAAGGAGGUCGAGGCGAGCGUGAUGCUGAACCCGCUCGCGCGCACGUCGUACAACCCCAAGACGGGCAGCUACGCGUUCUCGAAGCUCGUGACGGAGGCCCCGGCGGACAGGCGAACGUCAAGGCGUGGCGGAACAUUGCGCUGUCGAGUGCUACGGCUGGUGUCGGAGCUGAUCUCAUCCGUGCCCUCGUGGAACCCGACGUUCGUGGAGCGCAACUUCACGGACGCGGAGAUCGCGUACUGCCGCAGCCAGCCGGCGCCCGAGGCGUCGUUCGCGGCGCGGUGGACCGGCAAGGAGGCAGUGUUCAAGUCGCUCGGGGUCGCGUCGCGCGGCGCGGGCGCGCCGAUGAAGGACAUUGAGAUCCUGCCGGACGAGGCGGGCGUCCCGACGGUCGCGCUCCACGGCGAGGCGAAGUCGGCUGCGGAGGCGAAGGGCGUGAAGAAGGUGCACUUGUCGCUGAGUCACUCGGAGACUGUCGCCAUUGCGUUUGCGCAGGCUGCGUCCUCGUGA